ACAACUGUCGUAAACAUUCAGAUCGGAACACGGCAUAUUAGAAACGUGGGUCGACAGAUAUGAAUGUCUCAAAAAUAAAAUAACAUGAACGAAUUAAUUUCGAAAUAUGCUGCUGGAUUCUCGGUUGGACAGUUCGGGGUUAUCUAUCAUCUAGUUUUCUUGAGCUAAAGCCGCUGACAUGCUUUUGGCUGCUUGUAGGAAGAGCUGGUUGAGCUGUGCUAAAGGACACACACACAGACUGACUGCCAGCACUGCUGCCACCUGCCACUACAGCUGCCAUGACAAAACACCUGCAAACUUACCGCGGAAAAACACUACAUCACAGCCCCGAUGGCUUCAGAGCUCCUGUAGAGCAGAUCUGGACCUUCACAGAGCAGGCAGUCAGAGACCAGACCAUCUCUUCUCUGUUAUUUGUAGAUCAAAACUAACGUUACUGAAACAUCACUGCAGGCUUCAUCUGCCGCUGUCUAGCAGUAGUUUUAGUCUGUAUUGUACUGAAGCAUCUAGAAAGCCAGUUUUGGAAGAAAAGUCUUCUGAAAAGGAUUCAAGGGAAAAGGAUGAAGAUCAAGCAGCCUCUUCACCUGAGGGACAUUUCCAGUUUAAAGAGCCGUAUGAGAAUCCAUGGACGAUCCCGAAUUACCUCUGUAUUGCCCGGAUCGUUCUGUCUCCUGUCCUGGGAUACUUAAUCAUGGAGCAGUACUUCCACGUCUCUCUGGGCCUUUUUGUACUGGCCGGAGCAACAGACUUGUUGGACGGCUACAUCGCACGGAACUGGCCCAAUCAGAAGUCGGCUCUGGGAAGCGCUCUGGAUCCAUUGGCUGAUAAGAUUCUCAUCAGUAUUCUUUACAUCAGUCUGACAUAUGCACAACUCAUCCCAGCUCCACUGACAGCAUUGAUCAUUUCCAGAGAUGUAGCACUGAUUGCUGCUGUUUUCUAUGUGCGCUAUAAAACAGUUCCACCUCCAGUAACAGUCAGUAAAUUCUUCAACCCGUGUUACACCACUGCCCGACUGAAACCAACACUCAUCAGCAAGAUCAACACGGCGGUGCAGUUGUUCCUGGUGUCGGCGUCUCUGGCUGCGCCGGUGUUUCACUACACUGACAGUGUUUUACUGCAGUCACUGUGGUACAUUACCGCUCUGACGACCGCAGCAUCCGGUUACAGCUACUAUCAUUACGGUAAAAAGACCGUUGAGGUGCUGAACAACACAAAGUAGAUGUACAGUCAUCUGAGAUUGAGCUUUGACCAAGACAUUUGGAUAAUCAGUCUUUAUGCAGAAUGGAAAUCGAUGCCCCGCUCUUGAGACACUUUAGUCUGUAAAGUCAAAAA